AGGGCUCAUAAUAAUUUACGACACCCAAAAAACAAUGUGCAUGCAUCUAUUGAUCAAAAUAUACAGUCCAUAAGCUUCGUAAUCAAUCAAUAUCGUAAAAAUAGAUAUGUUAACUAAAAUCAAUUACGCAAAGUCAUCUUUGCCUUUCAAAAUUAUACAAAUUCCCAGUGACGGAAAAACGGCGGAAGAGCAUAAUAGGUCUGACAGUCGGCGGCCCUUGACUUAUGGAGGAUCUGAUUUUGACGAAUGGCGGCAUCACAAACACCCUUGUUCCGUUACUGUGAUCAAAUACCAUCACAUGUUCAUUAAUCAUUAUGCAUGAAGGUGGGUAGGAAGAUGAGACGUGACCCCCCAUUUUACAACAUUUUAAGCAAAAAAAAAAAAAACUAGCAGAAUUAUGAUUAAGGACCAAACAUUCAAUGUUUUAAAACUACAUGGACCAAUGUUGAUGAAGAAAAAAAUUAACGAGGGAUGCUUAUUUUUUUGGGACACCGACAGGGAAGAUUUUUAAAGAAAAAAAUUUCAAACUUUAUAUAACACACAUCCUUACAUGCACUUACUUAGUUCUUGAUUGAGAAAUUAGACAUGGAAUUCCAUCUCUACUUUUCAACCAUUGUAGCAACCAGCUUUUCUGUUAUUGUAGUAGUUUUCCUUCUCCAUAGCCUCAAUACGAAGAAGGCAAAUAGAGGGAAGAACCAAAAACCACCACAAGCACAAGGUGCAUGGCCUAUCAUAGGACACCUGCACCUUUUAGGUGGUUCUAAGCUACCUCACUAUGUUUUAGGUGAUAUGGCAGACAAACAUGGCCCUAUCUUCACAAUCAAGCUUGGUUAUCACCAGGCGUUGGUGGUGAGUAAUGGUGCGAUAGCCAAAGAGUGCUUUACUACAAACGAUAAAGCCUUUGCAACUCGACCCAAAGCUGAGGCAACAAAACUCAUGGGCUAUAAUUAUGCUAUGUUCGGCUUUGCUACAUAUGGAGACUAUUGGCGACAAGCACGCAAGAUGAUCACGCUGGAGGUUCUUUCCCAACGACAAGUUGAAAGGCUUGCAUAUAUUCGAGCUUCAGGGGUUAGAGUAUCCAUCAAAGAUGUAUAUGAUCGUUGGGUUUUAAAUAAAAGGAUCGAAAAUUCAGAGAUGAUGAAGAUCGAGAUGAGUCAAUGGUUUGGUAAUUUGGUUUUAAAUAUUAUGGUUACGAUUAUUAGGGGGAAGAGGUUUUCGCCACAUGAUGAGGAACGGGUUCGAUUUCAGACUGUAGUAAAGAAAUUCAUUGAGUUAAUGGGAGCAUUUGUGGUUUCAGAUUUUAUCCCUUAUCUCAAGUGUUUGGAUGUGGGUGGAUACAUUAAAGAAAUGAAGAAGACGGCGAUAGAUCUGGACAACAUCUUUGGUGGAUGGUUAAAAGAACAUAAAACAGUAAAGAGCAUUACCCAGCAACAUGAAAGCAACCAUGGUUUUAUAGAUGUGCUAAUUUCCAUUCUUCAAGGUGCUUCUAAAGAGGAAUUCCCGGAUUUUGACGAUGAUACGAUCAUUAAAUCCGCAUGUCAACAACUCCUGAUAGCAGGCUUGGACACUACAUCUGGGACGUUAACCUGGGCUUUAUCAUUGUUGCUCAACCACCCAAAAACAUUAGAAAUUGCGCAAGAUGAAAUUGAUGAGCAUGUUGGAAGGGACAGACUGGUGGAGGAGUCAGACUUGAAGAGCUUAACCUACCUUGAUGCAAUCAUCAAAGAAACAUUACGUUUGUACCCAGUUGCUCCUCUCUCUGUUCCUCAUGAGUCCCUUGAGGACUGCAGUGUGGGUGGCUACAACAUCCCAAAAGGCACUCGUCUGGUGGUAAAUCUUUAUAAGAUGCAUCGUGAUCCAAAUACUUGGUCAGAUCCCCUCGAAUUUAGGCCAGAGAGAUUCUUGACAAGUCAUAAGGGUAUUGAUUUAAGGGGAAAACAUUAUGAGUUACUACCUUUUGGUAGUGGUAGAAGAAUGUGCCCUGGUAUUCCCUUCGCCCUUCAGGCUGUUGGUUUAACACUAGCCACUUUCAUUCAACAAUUUGUGCUAAAAAAUCCGUCUAAUGAACCUAUUGAUAUGAGUGAAACUUCGGGACUGACUAUCAGCAAGUCUACUCCACUUGAGGUCCUUUUGGCCCCUCGUUUGGCCUCGAAUAUGUAUUAGGUUGGUUCAUGCAAAUUAAUCGACACUUAGAGUGAAUCUUGAGCGCAAAUGUUGAACAUGAUUGAUUUUCAUUGUCGUUUGAAAAUAUGUAUGUUUAUGAACAAAUAAAUUUAUACUUAAAGUUUACGUGAUGAAGCAUUAUGAUUGAAUAAAGCACACGUACAAAAAGA